AUGACUCGACCUAAAAACGCCGACGGUUACGGCACCUGGAAUACCGGGGCCACCAACACUCAAGGUACAUACGCGACGAAUGCGACGAGCUGGCAAGGCUAUGAGGGCUACGACUAUUACAACACCCAACCCACCGCUGCUAAUACGGCGGCCACGUACAACUACGCCGCAGCCACCUCCAGCAGCUGGGAAACCCCCAAAACCUCGGAGAUGAGCAUGAACGCCGACGUGGGCGCCGCCAUGCCCGUCGCCUCCUAUGGCGCCGAGGCCUCAGCCAACGAGAACUCGGAUUCCAUCAUAGCCAAAAUCAACCAGCGGUUGGAUAUGCUGUCGAAGGAGGGCAGCGGCGGGACAGGGGAGGGGAUGGAAGACCAGGAGAGCUCUUUCAGAUUUGAGUCUUUCGAAUCCUACGACUCGAGAUCUUCCAUGAACGACCGCGACAUGUACCGAUCCGGCUACGAUUACGGAGAAGUCGGAACCGAUCGGAACGAUUCCUUCGGAAGCCAAUUCGACAACCGCCGGGAUCAAUCUCGCAACCGAGGAAACAACUACGGCCUGAUGCGAGGCCGGGCUCAAAACCGCGUUCAAAAUCGAGGGCGUCUGAACGCUUUCAACCGCGCCGACCACUUCAUGCCCUCCUCCAGCUCCGAGCGCCUCUCGGCCCGUUGGAACGAGUUGAACUACAUGGGUGGACGCGGGAUGGGGGGUGCCGGAUCCAACAGGCUCCCUUCCCUCUUUUCCCAAGCCCUCGUUCCCGAUUACGACUAUGACUAUGGCAUGAUGGGGAUGUCGGGCAUGGGAAUGGGACGGUAUGGGAAUAUGCCGUACGGAAUGGGGAGGCAACGAAACAGAGACAGGAUGGGUACGCCCAAGAGAAGAGGUUUCCGAAACCGUUCGGGAGGGCGAUCGGACGGCGAGGGAGGAGGACGCAAGCGAAAACAGUCGCAAAGCGGCGAUGAGCCGGACAGCAAACAGGCGAAGACCGACAGCGAAGGAGACGACACCGAGAACGAUGAGGGCGAAGGAGAGGAAAAAUCAGGAGACGAAGCGGACAAAGGUGAAGCAGAACUGUGCUCAUCUGGAGAUGGCUGUGAAGAUGACGACGAGGAGGUGAAAAAGAAGAGGGAGAAGCAGCGGAGAAGAGAUCGGAUGCGCGAUCGCGCUAUGGACAGAAUCCAGUUUGCCUGUUCCGUCUGCAAGUUCCGCAGCUUCGAGGAAGAGGAGAUCCAGAAACACCUCCAGAGCAAAUUUCACAAAGAGACUUUACGAUACAUCGGUACCAAACUCCCGGAUAAAACGGUCGAGUUUCUGCAGGAGUACAUCGUCAACAGGAAUAAGAAAAUCGAGAAGCGGCGCCAGGAGUUGACCGAGAAAGAGGGCACAAAACAGAAACCGGAUCCUUUUAAGGGUAUCGGCCAAGAACACUUCUUCAAGAAGAUCGAGGCGGCUCACUGCAUGGCGUGCGACAUGUUAAUUCCCGCGCAGAACCACCUCCUCCAGAGGCACCUGCGAUCGGCCGAUCACAACAGAAACCGCAGGAUGGCUGCGGAGCAGUUCAAAAAGACCAGCUUACACGUCGCCAAGAGCGUCCUGAACAACAAACACAUCGUAAAGAUGCUGGAAAAAUACCUCAAGGGAGAAGAUCCCUUCACGGAUGAAAUCACGGAUCAGGACGUGGAUGAAACUUUGGAAAGCGGCGAAGGAACCGUCGAACCCACAGUCGUCGAAACCGUCCCGGAAAGCGAAGGAGGAAUGGGGGAAACUACGGAAACGUCGGAAACAUCCCAAGAUUUUUCCAAAAAUGAGGAAUUCCUGAAAAAUCUGGGAGAGCAAAAUCAACCCCCCAAACCGCUGCUGAUGCCCCCGUUCCUGCAAGACGACGAGAUGGAAGCGGAGGAGGCGCCGGCGGAGACAACGGCGGAAGCGGCGCCUUCGGAAACCACGGAAGAGCCGCCUGCGCUUCCCGAAAAUCCCCAAAAACCGGCGGUUUCACCCCAAAAUGAAACUGAGGGUUGGGCAGGCAAAGAGGAGGAGGAGGAGGAGGAAGAGGAAGAGGUUCCCCCGGCGGCUGCGGAGCCGCAGCCGGAAUAA